GCCACCAACAAGAAAACAAAGGACACAAUGACCAUGAAGGAAAGGAGUGAAUUGGCAACCAAUAGCCCUAUAGUCAAAGCAACAAAACGGUGCAUGCAGAUAACUAUGAACAUCUUAGUAGUCAUGUUUAACACUGUAUACUCACUAGCAAAGAAAUGCAAACCGCUAAGUGACUUUGAAACACACAUGGAGCUUCAUGUAAAGAACAAAAAGGACAUUGGUGGUGACUACAUGGAUAUUGGAACUAAUUAUCACAAUGAAAAGAGAGCGAAAGAGUUCUUGAUGUCGAUAGGGGAACAACUGAGAGUAACCAAGACACGGCUUAUUGAAAAAGUAAGGUUCCUCACAGUGCUGGCAGAUGGGUCUACUGAUUCUUCGAUGACUGAACAGAACACUGUUUUAGUGAGGUACGUCAGCGAGGGCUAUCCGGUUACCACACUAGCAUCGAUAGAGGACAUUGAGAACGCCAAUGCAUUUGGAGUUAAGAAUGGAAUUGAGAAUGGACUCAACAAAAUAGGGAUAACAGAUUCUUCCAAAAUAGUAAGUGUGAACUUUGAUGGAGCAGCAGUUAUGAUGGGAUGUAAAUCUGGUGUGAGUGCUUUGAUGAAAGAAAAAAAUCCUCGAAUUGUGUCAAUUCAUUGUGUAGCGCAUAAACUUGAGCUGGGAGUACUGGAUGCCGUUAGAAGUAUUGACUACCUCCUUAAAUUUGAAGACAUUGUAAAAUCCAUCUACAAGUUCUAUGCAAGAAGUACCAAGAGGAGACGUGAUCUUCAAGCAUUCGCAGAUAUAUUGGAAUCGGAGUUACUACACUAUGGGGACGUAAAAACUGUACGAUGGGUAGCCAGCAAAGCCAGAGCCCUGAGAGCCAUACAGCAAAAUCUCUUUGCCACCAUUGGGCACCUAGAACACGCUGCGUCUGCGAACAAAACAGAAGAAAGCGGCAAAGCAAAGAAACUGCUACAUGAGAUGAAAUCUGCAAGGUUCGUAAAAUAUCUGCACCUCAUGAUGGACUACCUUGAAAUCAUCACAGCUACAUCCAAGAAAUUCCAACAGAACAAACUACUGAUCAUGGAGGUACCAGAUAUCAUCAAAUCCACCACAGAUGAACUGACGCUGAUGAUAGAAGAACCGGGACAUCAAACAUCUACUUUCUAUGACCACUAUGAUCCAGAGACUGGGGACUUCACAGACCAUGGAGACCAUGUAAUGAAACUGUCUGGACAACGUCUCACCACCUAUGAAGAAGACAAUGACAAAACCACUCUUCUCAAGCAAACUGUCAAAUAUCUUGAAGUGAGAUUUAUGGACUUUAACGAGAAACCCCUUAAGUGUUUUGAUGCCUUCAAUCUGAACAAAUGGCCAACCAAUGACACGGAAUUUGUGAAGCAUGGACGUGAUGACAUUAAAGAGUUGACUCAGCACUAUAUCGACAUCCUGACUGACACUGAGCACUCUUCAAUGCUCCGAGAAUGGACCAUCAUGAAAAACCUUCUGAGGAAGAAGAAAACUGGAAUAAACUGCCAUGACCUCUACUGUGAGUUGCUCCAGACCCAGCCUGCUGAUAUUCAGAACAUUCUAACCCUCGUGAACAUCAUGGUGUCAAUAUCACCUUCCUCAGCAGAGUGUGAACGCCAAUUCUCUGCCAUGAAACUCAUCAAGAGCUGCAGGCGUUCACACAUGCACCAGGACACGCUGGAAGCGCUCAUGAGGGUGCAUGCAGAUGGACCGCCACUCCAGGAAUACAAGGCGGAAGGGGCUAUCCACCACUGGAUGGACUGUGGACCUGGGACACGCCACCUAGCAGGCCACAAGAUCUCGUCAGCUAGUGACUAGUUAAUAAAGUCGUUGUUGUAUUGUUUGUACACAAC